UUCUUUCCUUCUUCACGAAUUCUUGGGCGACGCUACAGUAAUAUGGAGCCGCAGAAAGACCCUCUCUCCGUCUUCAAUCACGUCGACCUACGCAUCCGUGGCUCGCAAGUCAAGUCCUCUGACUUCGCUGUCUUCUCCAAACGCUGCAAGCUUAAGGUUCCCGGAACUGCGAUGAAUGCGUUAGCCGCUGUCUUACAGCAUGUCUCGGAGGAGCAGGGCAACAGCGGCUCCGCCAUCUUCUCUUCAUGGCUUGGUCCACUCAUCUGCCACGACGUUCCCCAAAACACAUUCUACGGAACAAUUAACGGCCACAUCGAAAAUGCGUGUAACGGAUCUAUGGCAAUGCUGUCUGCCAAAAGCAUCUGGAUCUUUCCCAUGUGCAAAGGUAACCCGUCCCAUUGGGUUUUGGGUUGGCUUGAGCUCGCCACACGUCGAUACCACAUCUUCAAUAGCGUUCCUGAGCUCCCUAUUCUGUGGGCUGAGCCGGCUCUUCUCGAGAUUGGCGACACAGUCUUUGCACAUCUUGGGGAGAUGAAGGUCGAUUGGGAGUCCUGGAAGCUGAUUUCACAUUCGCCGGCGCCGCUCGAUUGCCAGAUGAAUGGCUGGGACUGUGGAAUUUUCGUCAUUCAUGUAAUGCUCGUGUUGGUGAAUGGAUGGGACAUUUCCGAGGUCAAGAACAGUGAGACGGAGCGAAUUCGACAAGCCGCCCGUAAGCUCGUUGAGGAGAACCUGGUUCUGUUCAAGCCAUAUGCAACCCCGCUGCCGCAAGAAAAGGUCCAGUCUACAGCUGCAGCGGUAUCAUUACCAGUGACUGCUUCUGACUCUACCUCGGACAACGCGCCAACACUAAAUAUCGCGUCUUCACGAACGGAUGAUGUGACACCAAAUCCUGAAUCUUUCGAUCUCUCCAUCAAACCAGGUAAUGAGAUACAUCCCAGCAUUGUCUCCGGCUCCAGCUUAAAGCGUAAACGGCCAUCUUCCAGCACUAUAUUUUCGGACUCAGACUCAAACUCUCAGUCAGACGAUGAUGGCACCCCGAAAAAGCUGGCGAAGAAGGCCUGGACUAAGCGGCGAGGAAAGGGGACAAAGGUUUAUGAGCGGGAGCAGAGUUUACUUGCAAAUAAGUGGGUUGAUGAGGUUGAAGCGCAUCGUGUCAAGUGCCGUGGCUGUCACAAGUGGAUCAAGCUCGACAAUGAAACGCUCGAAAAGGAAAAGGAGGGUGGGUGGAGAGAUGGGUGA